CUCCACGUUUAUAGUUUGCCCUCGUGUUGUAUGGAGAAUUUCACUGCAUUCACCCUGGUCACCACUGCUGGGUGCACAUCAUAGACAAUGUCAUCGUCUUGGAUGAAGAGACUGUGAUCCUCAGCCAAGAUGCCCUCCUGAGAAUCUCUAUCUCACUGGACUCAAACCUGAGGCCAUAGAAACGUUGUCACUUCAUCCAUCCCCAGUGGCAGCUCCUUCACCUGAAUGGGACAUUCCUCAAUAUGAAUGAACCAGACAUGGAACCAUGUGUGGACAGCAGGGUGUACAACAGAAGCUCCUUCCUCUCCACCAUCAUGACUGAGACCUGGUAUGUGGAUCUCAGUCACUGAAUUUAGUGGCUACAUUCCUAUUCAUGGAGUGGUGGUGAAAGCCAUCCAAUAUGGCCAUUUAUCAGACAGAUGAGCAUCUCUGUUACAAAGAUCACUAUACUACCUCAAUGGCCUUUCAGGACCUCCUAGAUCAAGUUGGAGGCCUGGGGAGAUUCCAGAUCCUUCAGAUGGUUUUCCUUAUAAUGUUCAACAUCAUAGUAUACCAUCAAACUUGGCUGGAGAACUUUGCUGCAUUCAUACCUGAUCAUCGGUGCUGGGUUCAUAUACUGGACAAUGACACUAUCCCUGACAGUGACCCUGGGACCCUCAGCCAGGAUGCCCUCCUGAGAAUCUCCAUCCCAUUCGACUCAAAUCUGAGGCCAGAGAAGUGUCAUCGCUUUGUCCAUCCCCAAUGGGAGCUCCUUCAUCUGAAUGGGACCUUUCCUAACACAAGUGAUCCAGAUACAGAGCCCUGUGUGGAUGGCUGGGUACAUGACCAAAGCUCCUUCCCUUCCACCAUUGUGACUAAGUGGGAUCUGGUAUGUGAAUCUCAACCACUGAAUUCAGUAGCUAAAUUUCUAUUCAUGGCUGGAAUGAUGGUGGGAGGCAACCUAUAUGGCCAUUUGUCAGAAAAGUUUGGGAGAAAGUUCGUGCUCAGAUGAUCUUACCUCCAGCUCGCCAUUGUAGGCACCUGUGCAGCCUUUGCUCCCACCAUCCUCGUAUACUGCUCCCUGCACUUCUUGGCUGGGGCUGCUACAUUUAGCAUCAUUGUAAAUACUGUUUUGUUAAUUGUAGAGUGGAUAACUCACCGAUUCUAUGCCAUGGCAUUGACAUUGACACUUUGUGCUGCUAGUAUUGGACAUAUAACCCUUGGAGGCCUGGCUUUUGUCAUUCGAGACCAGUGCAUCCUCCAGCUGGUGAUGUCUGCACCAUGCUUUGUCUUCUUUCUGUUCUCAAGGUGGCUGGCAGAGUCUGCUCGGUGGCUCAUUAUCAACAACAAACCAGAAGAGGGCUUAAAGGAACUUAGAAAAGCUGCACACGGGAAUGGAAUGAAGAAUGCUGAAGACAUCCUAACCAUGGAGGUUUUGAAAUCCACCAUGAAGCAAGAACUGGAGGCAGCACAGAAAAAGCAUUCUCUUUGUGAAUUGCUCCGCAUACCCAACAUAUGUAAAAGAAUCUGUUUCCUGUCCUUUGUGAGAUUUGCAAGUACCAUCCCCUUUUGGGGCCUUACUUUGCACCUCCAGCAUCUGGGAAACAAUGUUUUCCUGUUGCAGACUCUCUUUGGUGCAGUCACCCUCCUGGCCAAUUGUGUUGCACCUUGGGCACUGAAUCACAUGAGCCGUUGAGUAAGCCAGAUGCUUCUCAUGUUCCUACUGGCAACCUGCCUUCUGGCCAUCAUAUUUGUGCCUCAAGAAAUGCAGACCCUGCGUGUGGUUUUGGCAACCCUGGGUGUGGGAGCUGCUUCUCUUGCCAUUACCUGUUCUGCUGCCCAAGAAAAUGAACUAAUUCCUUCCAUAAUCAGGGGAAGAGCUACUGGAAUCACUGGAACCUUUGCUAAUAUUGGGGGAGCCCUGGCUUCCCUCGUGAUGAUCCUAAGCAUAUAUUUUCCACCCCUGCCCUGGAUCAUCUAUGGAGUCUUUGCCAUCCUCUCUAGCCUUGUUGUCCUCCUCCUCCUUCCUGAAACCAGGAACCAGCCUCUUCUUGACAGCAUCCAGGAUGUGGAAAAUGAGAGAAGACGCUCCAGAAAAGCAGGGCAGGAAGAUACCUGCAGCAAAGUGACACAAUUUUAAGGAAUUCCAGGUGCUGAUUGCUGAUUAAACAGCAAGAUAAAGGAAAA